AUGGCGACCCAGGCAGCCGGACCGAGAGCGUCGACAAAUGCCACCGUCAUGCUCGUGAUCGAGACGCAGAAGCGUUUUUAUCUUGCUAGCAUCCGGGUUGCAGACUCGGAGUCCGGCCAGGCCGUCGUGAAGCGGAUCCGGGCCAAGAGGGACGAGGUCACCAACCGAAUCGGCCUCUCCGGGUCGCUCCACGACGUCUUCUGGGAGCAGAUCAUCAACACGGCGACUGUGUCGACGUUCCGCUUCGUCGACCUGGAAGACCAGUCAAUACCUCUAGAGGUUAUCAUCCGCACCCGCGAGCCCUUCCCCGAGCUCACCUCCGCAUACGAGCAUCCUAGCCUCCUCGACCCCAGGGAAUCUUUUGUCCAGCAAUACCCAGACCUCGUAGGCGCUUCCACUCAUAAGGCGUUGCUUGUGGGGCCCAAGCUGAAGGAACACGUAAUUCUGGGAUUUUCAGUCGCUGGUUUGCUUAUCGCCGUGGCCAUAGGGGUCGUGGUUGGCAUCUUUACUUCUAACGUUGGCGUCGGCGUUGAAGCUGGGGUGACUGGCGCGAUUGCGGUGCUUGUCUCAUUAUCGACUUGGAUGUCAAAGUGA